AUGGACCAUUCGGCAAAGUUAUUAAGUAUUCUUCAUAAAAAUCCGACUUCGGAAUCAACGAAAAUGGUAGGACAAAUAAGUCCAACAACGUCUUCGUAUCCUUCUUCACAACAAACUCCCCCUCCAAGACAAGGAUCUCCCAAUCCAAUGCCGGCUUUCAGCUUUAAUCAUGCUUUUACGCAGCCAACGGGCACUUUAAACCCUCAACCAAUUUCACAUUCAUCAGCACCACCCAUAAGUGGUGUAGGUGCUUUAAGUCCUCAAAAUGGUGAAAUUGAAAAUUUAUCCAAGUAUGGAGCUACUGACCCCACCCUAUACAUUGAUAAGGCUUCAACAGAAUCCCUUAAAUUGGCACUUUUCGGUCCUACUUCAACAGUAUCGAAAGCCGAGGAAAGUCGGCAGGAAAAUGAGAUUCGUUAUCAACCAGAAACUUCUAUGGCUCCAGAUGAUGGUCCUGAAAAUGAAGAAGAUGCACCUUUUGUUGUUGAGGAAACAUCCGAAGUCGAUGAACAACUAGCAUCUCCUGUAGAUGUGGUAGAUGUGAUUGAUUAUGAUAAAUUGAUUAGUUUGGAUAAUUUGGAGUCCAUCAAACCAUCAAUUACCACAAUUUCCACAAUUACCUCAACGACGACAACUAAUAAUUCGAAGGAUUCGUCUUCUACUACUACAAAUAAACCGGUGUUUACAUAUAGCAACCCCUUUGAUUUUUUAAAAUCCCCACCCCCAUCUCCUUCUAAUCCUAACCGUGAUCAAGUAGUCCAUCAAUGGCCAUCGCGUUCUUCUUCACCUACACAAAAGAAAAGAGAAGUUCCCACAAUGCAAAAGGAUGGGGCGGCUUUCUAUAGAUCUCUACAACAAAUAGAACCAUUCCUUCCCGAAUUUUCUGCGUGGAACAUACGUGCAAAUUCAGCACCCAAAAGUCAAUCAAGUGUUCCAGAUGGUGUUAGUCUUCCAAUGGGAACUCUUUUAUAUGAUACAGGAGAGCGAAACGAAAAUGUGUUAAGUUCAAAUGAAUUAGACUUUACAACUAUUACUUUAAAGCAUAGUGAAUUAGAAUAUCGUACCGGGAAGUCAAUUGCAGUCAAUGGUCAUUUUAUUUGUUAUGCUGUAAAAGGAGGAAAAAUUCGAGUGAUUGAUACUGAAUUUGGGGCUAAAACAUUAUUGCGGAACCACGAAAAAACCAUUCUUGACAUGUGCAUUCAAGAAACGGCGCCUAACGGAAAUGAAGAGGCACAAAUGGGAAGACAAUUACUUUUAGCUGUUGGCGCUGAUAGCAAAAUUACAGUAUGGGAACUAUUCCAACCUCCAACUGAACCGGAAGCGGAAAUUCCAUAUAAAGUAUUACUUGAAAUUGACGCGAAAGAAAUGCAGGACUCGAAGCAACCGCGUUACCAUCGAGCCACUUGGCAUCCAGUUAAUCCUAACCUUUUUGCCGUAGCUACCGAUACAAAUGAGGUUUUGAUAUUUGAUAUUAGCAAGAUAUUGGAGGACAAGGAUCAAGCGAACAUCAAAGAAUCCGAAAUUAAUGAUAAGAUAUUAAAGUCUGAAAUUCAAGAAAAGCCAAUUAAUGAUUUGACAUUUUCGCCCGAUGGAACUACAUUGGCCACGGCUAACGACGAGUUAGUUAUUUUUUGGACACUGAAUUAUACUAAUGAAUCAACUGAAAUUAAGCAUUCGAAUAAAAUCAAUCUUGAUGGACAGGUGGCUUCUUCAAUUUUAUUUGUUGAUAGAGAGGAAAUUUCAAAAGAACAACCCUUUAAAGUGCGGUAUGUUGUUAUUGGUACUGAACGUAAUAAUAAUCUUCAUCUUUAUGACGUUGAAUCUUCGGAAUUUAUACAAUCAAUUAAAUUUUUACCGCCUCCCGAACGUCGAUCUUCAAUAACUAAGUCGAAUGCAAAAGAAGAAUCUAUUUUCAAUAUCGUUAGUUUUGAUCAAAUGACUCGUACUUUGAUCGUGGCUAACAGUGCCAGGAUUUCCAUUUUUGCUUUGCAUUUGAAUAUGUCAAGCAAAAAAGUCGAAAAGCUUGAUUCUUAUGAUCAAAAUAACUUUAUGACGAGUGGACAGACUGAAUAUGAAUCAAUGUCUUCAUUUGAUGAUUUGACUGCUGAAAAUAACUCAAUGCAAUUUGAUUAUAUGGUUGAAUUUCCUGCAAAUCAAUUAAUCGGUAGCUUCACUGUGGUUCCAGGUGCUAAUCCAUCAGAUGGAUUUUCUUUAUACUGUAUUCAAUCAAAAGCCAUACAACAAUGUAUAAUUCCUGGAAAUUUAUUAUACCCACCAAAUAUUGAAUCGUGUCCAGAAUAUGUGAGCGCUGAACUGGCCACUCGUCAUCGGCAAGAACCUGAGGAUGAUAUUAAAAAGGAAGACAUUAACAGAAUUUUCACAGAGACUCUCGAUUUUUCUUCUCAGGCUGAAAAUUUAAAUCAAUCAUCUACUGAGGAAAUUAUAAUUGAAAAGGACAUUGAAAAGGAAUCCGUGGAGUCAGUCAUUGUUGAAGGUGAUAAUAAUUCAGAAAUAAAUGUCGUCACAAAUAAUGAAUCUGAAGAAAUUUUAGUAGAAAAGAUAAAUACAAUAUCAGAUCCCUUGACUGGAAACAUGCAAGAGUCUACAUUUAUUAUUGAAGAAACCGAAAAUAAAGGUACCGAAAAUAAUCGAAAUUUAUCAAAUAUUAAACUAUCAGGUCCCAUUGUGAAUGGCACUAUAGCUAAAUUGAAGGAAAAACGAAAGGAUAAGUCAAACGCUUCACCCACAACUAUUUUGGGUGUUGACCUAUCCUCAGAUUCGGAAAAGACCAAUAGAAAGAAAGACGGACGACGAGGUUUAGAAAAGGAAAAAGAUAAUAGCAAUGAGAACGUAUUUCAUUCACCCGAAGCAUCAAACAGAUCAGCUGGUAAAAAGUCCGCUGAAGGAAUUUCAAAAAAUAAUGGAAAAUUUGGUACAGGUAACGAUAAAAUCAGGAAACCAAAUGAUGAUAAUGGAGGAACUAAAGUAUCUGGAAAAAUUAAUUCAAUGACUAAGCAACAAACAGAAUUCACUACUCAAGAUCCAUCUCAAACGUUUACCUCCUCCGGUUUGCCACCCGCUCAAAUGCAAACCAUAUUAAAAGAAAUAAGAAAAAUGGAGGAUAAUGUUACAAACAAGCUUGGAAAAACGUUUUCGAAAGAAUUGGAAAAACAAUUCCAAAAAAUAGAGGAUGAACGCGUAGCUCAUCAAGCAGCUGAAACUUCACGCCAAGAAACAAUUCUUAAAAUGGUAUCUCAAACACUUAGUACAAAUACUUCAAAAUUAUUGGAAACAACAAUUCGUAAUGAAAUUCAGAAUUCCGUUUUACCUACGUUAAGUAAAAUGGUUACCAAUGCUGUCGAUAAACAUGCUCAUAGAGGGAUGGUUGAUGCAGUAAACAAGAGCAUACCAACAGCAAUCGAAAAAUCUGUUGCGGAUAACGUGCAACGUGUUCUCGCAAAGACGCCAGUAAUUGAAUCUAUAGCAAAAGGAGUUUCCAGAGCCAUUAGACCAGUUAUAGAAGAAACUUUUAGGGAAAAUUUCACAAAUGUUCUUAUUCCUUCUUAUCAAAAAGCUACUAACGCGAUGUUCGAACAAAUUACAACCACCUUCGAAGCUGGUAUGCAAGAUAUUGCUGUGAAGAGUGCGCAAGCUUCUUCAUACAACAAUGCAAACGGAGGAGAUCAAAGUACUUUGAUUCGCUUGCAGGCUUCCGUUGAUCAUCUUGCAUUGAACGUUCAACAACUACAGCAAUUGUAUCAAUUGCAAACUAAUUUGUCAAGACAAACGGGAGGGCAGCAACCAGAACCGCAAUUGGGACGCACUUCUGAUGAAUAUCCUUUUUAA